GAAACAAAGCAUGGAAGGUCAGCUCUACUGCGAGGCUCAUGCGCCGCAGUCCCAUGGCUCCACACCCAGCCCAGACGCCGACGACAAGAACUCCGACUUGUUUGAGAUGCUGGAACGAAUCCAGGGUACACGCAUAGACGAUCAGAGAUGCGACAUGACGUCAUUCUACAAGUCUCCUGCCCCGUCGGUCAACGAGGAUCAGAGGAGAAAUGUACAACAGAUACUCCAGCGCGGAGGGCCGUACCCCAUGAUCGUGCUGCCGCCCCGAGGGGGGUACUGGAUGGAGGGGAGUGAUGGCUUCUUCACCUCGGAGGAGGACAAUGUCCACGAGUCCAUCACCUCCCUCCACCCCAGUGCCAGUGAGCUGAGCAUCGACACGGACUUCAUGGCCCAGUGCUACAGGUGCGAGUUCUACGGCAAGGAACAUUUUAAUUACUACGCCUUGGACGAGAAUAUCGGACCAGUUGUGAUGUCUAUACGAUCUGAGUCGUCCCCCGUUGAGUGUGUCAAUGCCAUUGUGAGGACAAGGUUUUGUACACGUCAAGAAAUUUUUCACUGCUCACCUUCUGAUGUACCUUAUCCUGCCAAGAUCGCCAAGUCUGUUUGUGAAGAAAUUACAACAGACAGGUUUCAGCCUGUACUCUCAUUAAAGGGUUCUGACCUUGUGAUGUCAUACGAUGAACAUGUACUCACUCACAACUUCAAGUUUGGUGUCAUCUACCAGAAGAAAGGACAGACCAGUGAAGAGGAACUGUUUGGCAACAAGACACAUAGCCCAGCCAUGGAUACAUUUCUUCAAACCAUUGGGGACAAAGUGCAGCUCAAGGAUUUUAAGGGAUUCCGAGGUGGACUGGACACAACCCAUUGCCAAACAGGGGCUGAGUCAGUGUACACCCAGUACAAUGGUAAAGAAAUCAUGUUCCACAUCUCAACCCUUCUUCCAUACACGGAGGGGGAUCCACAACAGUUACAACGCAAGCGCCAUAUUGGAAACGAUAUAGUUGCCAUAGUAUUUCAAGAAGAGAACACUCCAUUUGUGCCAGACAUGAUUGCCUCCCAUUUCCUGCAUUGUUUUAUAGUUGUUCAGCCAGUAGCAUCAGAUUCAGGACCACCCAGAUACAAGAUAUCUGUAGCAGCAAGAAAAGAUGUGCCAAGAUUUUACCCUGUGUUGCCUCAGCCUGCAGAAUUUGUUGCUGGUGAAGAGUUCCGAGAAUUUCUCCUUACAAAGUUGAUCAAUGCUGAACUUGCUUGUUAUAAGGCAGAUCAGUUUGCCAAACUUGGGCAUCGGACAAGGGCAUCACUGCUGGAAUCCUUGUACUUAGACCUGCAUAAGAAAAAUAUGGAGAUGUUUGGGUUGUCCUCUGUACCAACAGCUAAACAGGAAGGAAGCAGACUGCUGGAUUCUGUGAAGAGAGCUUUCAGUGGCAAGGGGAGGAGUCCCAGUGUGGAGUCCAACAGCUUGCCCAGCCAGAAGAAGAUGAAUGGCAUGCAGGGUUCCUUGGCCACAGUGGGGGAAGAUGAAAAAGGGACAAGUUCACCGGUGCGCAAGUCUCCAUCAACACCCAGAAAUCUGGUCAGACAGUUUUCCUCUUCAUUUGAAAAGCAGCCUAAAUCAAACAGAGAUAGUAAAAAUAAUCUUCGCAUAGACAGCACACAUACAGGAUUGACAUACCCAACCUGUGUAAGUCCUCCACAAAGUCCACAGUCAAGUCCAAGCAGUAUUUCUUCCACUACAAGAACAAACCAGUUAAUACUCAUAUCACGUUCCAACUCUGAAAGCAGUUUCAACAGUAUGGAGGAGUUCCCCGCCAAUAACAACAACAACAAUAACAUCAACAAUAACAUUGGCAACACUACCAACAGCAAUAACAUAAAGAACUGUAACCAUGAAGACUCUGAUACGGGCAUGGUAAUGGAGAGUAUGUCCUCAACUGGAACACCAAACACAACAACACUGAGUUCAGCCCCUUAUGCUGGGGAAUAUUUAUUUUCUUUGGAAAGUGAUGUGCAUGAUCAGUUACAACGACAAAUUGACCAACUUAGAAGUGAAAUACAUAAGUUGAAAAGUGAAAAACAUGAUUUACUUCGACAGCAUGCGGCCCAGCAGAAAGAAAUUAAAGCCCUUAAAGAAUCCGAGCUUCAGCUCUCACAAGAUCUCCACAAUGCUCAGCAGGAACUGAUUUCAUACAAACAGCUACUGCCCACACAGACUUCAAUGGAUGAUUCAUCUUCAGCAUAGCAUCACGUUCUCCUAACAUUUCCCUCAAAUCAUGUUUAUCAGUUUUGCUAAAUGGUUAAAAACCAAUACAAUUCUAAUAAAGUUAUAUAUAUGAUAUAUGUAUAGGACCUAAUGUAGUUUGACCAAGAAAUAUUUUAUGUAGCUUAAAUAAUAUUAGGACCAAUUUUUCUAAAAACUAAAUUGAUGAAUAAAUAAAUUUCUAAAGUCAAAUUUGCCAUUCUGUUAACCAGCCAUACUUACCCAUUUUCAUUACCAUCAAUGCUGGGACCAUUGUUGUAUUCAUACAAGGCAAAAAUAUAAGUGUAUUUUAUGUCAGCUUCCAUCGUAAAAAAAAAGACAUUGUUCAUGUACGUAAUUUGUCUUGAGGUUUAUAAGUUUUGAUUAUAAAUCUUAAGUACACUCAUCUAUGUCUUAACUGGCAUUAGUGAACUAGUCUGUGUCAUUGUUAACUUAGUUGAUGUUGCUGCUAGCCCUGUUUGUAACUUGUUGCAAACAUGAAAAGAUAUUCCAAGCCAAAUCCAUGUUCGUAACCAAGCGCCUUAGAAUACUGCCAAUGGACAAUAUGAAUAUUAAUGUGUAAAUUAUUGUUUAAUAUUGUAAAACAAUUUAGUGUGCUAAAAUGUGUUUUAAAAUCGAUUUGAUUUGGUAAAAAGAUUUUAAAACAAUUGAUAUUUUGAAAAAUUGCAUAGUGGUGAAUUUUUAUGUCAUUUGAUUAUUAUGUCUUUGUUUUGUUAAAAAUGUAAAGUCUUGAGUACUAUUUUAAAGUAUUAUUGAAAUCCCAGUGUGAAUUGUACUAAUAUGUAGAAAGUUUCUCCAGUGUUCAAUUACAUUUUUAUUUGUUGCCCAUUUGUAUUUACUGUAGUUCAAAGUUUUAAAGUGAAAUCGCUUGCGCUGCUGUUAAUUUUUAUUGUUUUGUUAUAAUCAGUUUUAAUGAGAAAUUUUUAAAAAUUUAAAACCUCUUUUUUUAAUCCAGAAGAUUAGUUUGAAUUUAUUAAAUAAAUGAGUUUUACAAAUUUGCUUUCUAAAUUUGAAGCAGAUUUAGGCUAUUUGUUUUUUUUUUGGGUUGUUUUUUAAGAAAAAGAAAUUUAGGGUAGAUUUUACAUCAACUUUUUAAAAACGUUAUUUGCUAUUAUGCUUUAAAUUUUAAUAGAUAUAAUUAUCCUGUAUAAUUGAUUGUAACUAAUGUAUGUUUGUAUUUCUGUAUUAAACUUUUAAAUCUUCUGGGGUUUAAUCUGUGAUUCAAAAAUGUACAAUUUUAAUCUGCUGUGUAUAAAAUACAUUUCAUGAAUACAUCAUAUGACUGCAUUUUUAAAUGACUGAAUAUAUUUAGAAAUGUUCAUUGUGUUCAGUCUUAUUAAGUUAUAUUGAGUAUUCAUUUUGUUUUUUUAAAAACAUUACUUCUAAAAAAAAUUAGUUUGUUGGUUUAGUCACUGGAGCUGAAGAAAUCUGGCUCUAAACAUAGUAACUACUGCAAAUGUAUGUUACCUCUUAGUAAGGAAAAGCUUUGAUGAUCUCUAAUAUGGCACGAGAAUGGUUUAGAUGGAUGAGCCAGCCAACUAAAGCUAAGCCCACAUUCAGUGUCAAGUCUUAAUAAAUUAUCUCAGUUCUCAUUACAACAUAAUAUGAAAGUUGUGUAUUUCAGGAUAAAAAAAACUAUUUUAUUUUACUAGAAUAAAAUCAACCCCUUCCUGGUUUUUACUCAGUACACUGAUUAUACUUACCUAAAGUUCUAAUUUUUUCUUAGUAAUAAUUGGUAAUUUGAUAAGACAUUGUUUCUUGGGUUGUUUUUGUGUUUCUCCAGAAGCUUGCAUAUUUACUUCUCAACAAGUAUAUCUAAAUUUACAUUUUUGUCACUAGACUUUUAUUUAACGAUAUUACACAUUAGAAGACAUAUCUUUUUAACAAAUAUGUAUUAAAUUAUCACAAAAAAAUAAAGUUAUGGUGUAUAGAUUUUAGAUUACUUUUAGCCAUUUUAGCUUAAUUUUUAAUAUAAAAUUUUCUCAACAUACAUGCAAUUUAAACAUUAUUUUUAGAUGUUAACUAAAUCAGCAAGCUCAUUUCCUCUAUAGAGUACUAAACUUUUUCUUUCUGAUUAUAUAAAAUCAAGAGUAUAUGAUGAUACAUUCACCAGUUCAUCAGCUUAUAAUUUAAUUUUUAAUAAAGCUGUUUUUUUAUAGGCUAAAAUUCUAAAACUUAGUGAAAAAAAAAAAGAACAAGUUUAUGUAACAGUUUUUUUCUCUUAAAUUAAGUUUAUCAAUUUUUUGUACCAGAUAUUAAGUUUUAUUUCAAGAUGUUAAAAAUCUGGCAAUUUGGAUUAUACUUUUAACAGUCUAAAUAAGGUGAUCAAAAGCUGCUGAUUUUUGUUAGUUUUGGUUAGGUGUUAAGUAUUUGUUUUGAGUGUAUUACAUGUUUUAUAUUGUUGAAGUGCAAUAAACAACUACUACAGUUUUAAUUAAAAUAUUGUGUUCAUUCAAUAACAUGAAUAUAUCCAUAAACGCAACGAAAUGCUGACACAUUUUGAAUUGACAUCAAAAUCAACGCCAAAAAACAUUUCAAAUGAUUUGGUAUUAAACAAAAUUAUAUCACAAUGGCUUAAAUUUAUUUUGUCGGAAGUUUAGAAUCGGUGGUUCAUUAGUGACUAUUAAAUCCAGUUUUUAUUAGUUUUCACAAAACAAGAAAAAAAUCAUUAACCUAAAUGUGAUAGGUACAACUCUAAUGAUUUAUUACAAAAAAAAGAACAAAAAAAACCAGUUAUAUUUCUUUUCCAUUUCACUUGAAAUGUUAUAUAAUGGAGAUACUGUUGGCUAAGUCAUAUCACACAAUUGUAGCUGUUCCGUGGCUUCAAGUUGAAUGUUGAAUUUUUCAUCUUUUAAAUACUUACAUUUUUUAUCUUUUAAAUAGCUGAAUUCAGGUAUCACAUCAUAAUGAUUAAGUUAACAGUACCUAAUUAAUUAAUCACAUAGUGCUUUAAACAAAUAGUAUUUUUAAAAUAACUGUUUAUUCUAUUGAGCUGUGUAUAUUUUUUUUUAAAUUAAAGGUGAAUCCAAAAGAAUUAAAUGAAGGAAAGAGCAAAAUUUUUUUUUGUCUUGAAAUGAAGUAAAAUGUGCCAUAUUUUGCAAUACCAAAGAGUCAUAAAAACAAUGGUGGUUUCAGUUUCAACAGUUUAAAUUUUGCUAUCAAGUUUUAUUUCCAAAACAACAAUUGUUUUUUUUUUUAGUUUAUGUUGUAUUUUGUUUUUUUGUGAGCCUACCAGAUAUUUACUAUAAAUACAUAUUUUUUCUCAAGUGCCACAUAUUAGUUACUUUUGGCAAAUUUGUUCAGGAAUAUUUUGAUCUAUUAAAAACCACAAAUUACAUGUUGUGUUAGCUAAUGCAUUUUGUAAUAUAUUUUUUACUAGUACAGCUUUAGGGAAAAAAUAACUUUGGCUAUAGUGUAGCACUGUUUGCUUUUGAGGAGUACUGUUAUAUACUAAAAUACAUUUUAUAUUAUAAAUUUAUUUAGUAAAAAUUAAUUCAGAUGCCCAUUUUGCAUUUUAAUUUUUAAAAAAACAUCCAGGGUUAAAGGGCAUUUAAAUGUUUAAUAAAUAUACUGAAUUGUAUCAUACAUGUACAUGUAUUACUUGUAUUAUAAACUCAUGUAAUAAUGUAUCUAAAGAUGUAUUAGUGUCAUUACCAAAUCAUCAAGUAUAUUUGGAUCAUACCACAUGACCAAGUUGGCACAAAAAUUGUAAAAAUAAGACUUUUUUUUCUUACUGAAUAAAAGUUUUAAUCUGUAGGUUGGAUUGUUGCUGUACAAAAUUUUGAGGAUUGAAUUAACUAGUCUUAAAUAUAUUUUGUGAUAAUUAUGACAAAUAUCUGUUGAUCAUGUGUUUGUCAAGUCUAUGUUGUUCAAUGAAAUAAACAUUACUUAACCCUUAA